AUGUCCUUCUUCGGUUUCGACACCACGCGCCAUAACACGGCUGCGCCUGGCUUCUCCCAAUCUCACGAUCCAUUUGCUGGUUUAUCAGGCAGGGAUGGUGAUGAUGAUGCUCUAGAUUUCGAGGAGACUUAUGACGGUCUUGGAGACCAGCUCGAAGAGACUGGAGACGCUUUCAACGACGACACUUUCGGCGACAGUGGCACGGCAGUCUCUCGCAGUGCUGGCAAGGAUUUCGACUUCUUUGGCCAGACUGCCAAGGUUGCGAAUGCCAUUGAUGAGGAGCAUCUUCGCUACAACCGCCAGGGGCCUGCGACUAAACCCGCUGCUUCUGCUCAGGCGCAUUCUUCCGUCAACCAAUAUGCCUCGGCCGACUACCAGUCUUACUACUCUAACCAGCCUUACCAGCAACAGUCUUAUCAACAGCCUGUGCGAUCUGGUUACGAGAAGUACCGCGAACCCGAGGCGCUCCCUGAUCUCCAUGUUGACCGAAGCAUCUGGGGCAUUGGGCCGUCUAAGCCAGCCCAGCAAGCAUCGCCUGCUCCUGUUCCUGCAGCUCAGCCUGCCCAGCAUGCGCCCAGUCGCAAAGUCAUGAGCUUGGAAGAGGUCGAGGCCGCCAUGCGAUCUCAGCCCAAGCAGCAGACACCUCAGCCACAUGCCGCAGAUCUUUCCUAUCAACAACCGCCUCCCGGAUUUACUGCUCAUCAGCAACAGCCUCCUCAGGCCCAUGGUCAUGGCCACCCAGUGACUAUCCUGCAGAGGCCCCAAAGCACUCAAUCGAAGCCCACGCCGCCAGCCCCAGGUCUUCAAGCGACUCCCGUUCAGCAUCAGCAGCAGCUCCAUGCCAACCCGACCCAGAUUCUGCAGAAUCCAAACCGCGCCGGCCCAGAUGCGCAUGUUCCACCUCAGCAUGGACACCACUCCAAGCAGUCCCACAGUGCCAUCCCUAAUGCCGCGCAGUUACAAGCUCACCCCCAAAUGCAGCAGAUGUCCGAGGAAGAGAAGGCCGCCUAUCUGGAUCAAGAGACCAAGAGGGCGAAGCGAAACCACAAGAUCUGGCUUCUGUCGAAGGACAAUGGGUUGAUGACUCCUCAGGACAAGAAUUUCAUCACCCGUAUCCAGCUCCAGCAGCUCGUUUCCGCUACUGGUAACCCUGUCGAAGGAUCUGAUGCUUCAAUUGCCGAGGACUUCUACUACCAGGUUUACAGCCAUAUCCGGGCUGGUCAGCGUCAAAACCCCAGCCAGCCUCUGAGCAACUUCGCCCAGACAUACCUGUACCAGACUGGUAGUCGUCAGGGUGGUAUGCGUCGCCAUGGACGUCCCGCUGAGAAUCACUUCCAACGAAUGGAGCAGCAGGUACAGCGUGCUGUUGAAGCUGCCAAGAAUAAGCCCAAGAACCCUCAGCUGGUCAUCGCAGGCAGUCUAGGAAAGAUCUCCUUUAGCAACGCGAAGACCCCUAAGCCUCUCCUCAGCAUCAAGCGAACCGAGAGUGAGCAUCAGCGCCCCAAUAAUGGCAAGAAGGGAUCUAGCCUUGAUCGAAAGACCAUCCUUCGAAAUGUUGAAAAGGUUUAUCAGACUCUGAUGCAAAUCGAGGAUCAUGUUCGACUUAUCCCACCCCCCAUGACCGGCCCCGAUGAGGAGCUUGAGAACAAGCACAAGGAGUGGGCCACCAUUCUCGAGACCUAUAACGCCAAGCUCUGGCAAGAGCUUAAGGUCCAUGAGCAGAUUGGAGUUGUUGUUCCUCAUCCAUUCAUCGCUUUCUUGUCUUGUGCCAAGGGUGAGAAGGCCAUUCCUCGUCUUUUCCCUCAUCUCUCUUUUGAACAACGAACUACUAUCUUGACCAUGAUUAUCUAUCAUCUCGACCAAUUGGAUGUCGUCCAGGGCGCUGCUAUUACACCGGGCGAGGUGACAACCAUCAAUGCACGAAUGCGAGAGAAGAUUGAACUUUUCAUCUCUACUGUUAUGCCAUCGCUGAUGCAAUAUUUCAACGAUACUGGCCUGGAUAUUGUUGAUGGAGUUUUGAAUCUGAUUGCCACCAAGCUCAACGUCGAUCUCAUUUCGAGAUCAAGAAUUGGUGUGUCCAUGUUGACACUUAUUCUCAGUCGUGCCGUGCUUCUCAAACAGACAGGCGCCGGCACUCCUGAGCAGUGGGAUAACUGGGAUCGAACAUUUGAGAUCUUGUUCAGUAGGCUCGAACCUUCGCUGCCUUACAUUUUCCCUGGUAGUGUCAACACUGGAGAGGAUGUCUACGUAUGGCAGCUUCUUGCAGCUAUGGGCGUCAGCGCCACUCACGACCAGCAAACUCGCCUGGUCCUUGCUGUCAAGGACCGUGUGCUCGACACUGUCACUGUUUCGAAGACACUCCCUCCUGCUAUGGGAGCAGAGCGACUGAACAGUGUCAACUUGUUCAUGCGAUCCAUUGGUUUGGAUGUCGAGCUUCUCCAGUAA